CUUCAGUAAAUUUCGAAGUCUUCGCUUGACCGCAUGAUAGUUGAUAAUGGGAAUGGUAAAACCUAGCAGUUCCAUGAAUCCUGCCCAAAUCAGUUCGCGAGUCAUAUAGGAAUAGCCGAUAGUUCGUCGCUUGGCUCCGUCUAUCGAACGAUGGUCCAGCCGUAAGACGUAGUCCACUAGCGAAGGUUUUCGGCCCGUACGCAAGAACCGAAAAAAGUUAAGCAACUUCAGAAAGGUCAAACAGUUUUCAGACCAUCGGAUAGUGUGCUGCAGUACUGUCCACCCGGUUAAAACGUAUAGUAAAUCAUGUCGAUCGAGGCUGAGUGUCGCGCAAUUUUAUCAAGAGCACUGGAUGCAGACGAAGCCGGUCAAAAGGAAUUGGCAAUCGAAUUGUAUGGAAAAGCAGUGGAAACAAUUCUCCGCAUUAGCGAUCGAGAGAAACGAGAAAAAUUAAAUAAGUUUGCAAAACAGGCCCUAGAGCGUGCCGAGGAGUUGAAAGGAAUUAAGUUCACUUCACCACAAGCAACGACGACUCGGCCAGUCCGGAGCAGUACUAGCGUCUUAAGUCCCGGACACAGUCCAAAGCUAGAAGUGAGUGGAUCUCGGAAUGCCUACACAAGCGAAGAAAAAAAAGUCCUUGAAUAUACGUCGCACAUUAACGCGAAGAUAUACGUUCCGUUUAUGGACAUAGAUCUGAUGGAGAAGUUCGUCUUUCCCAUCCCGUUUACGGACAAAGAUGGUUUCCUGGAGCUGGCCCCGAAGCAGAAGCGCGACUUUGUUCAGUGGGUAAGGGUGAGUGACCUGUGCGAGAGACCGCAGCUGAUUGCCGGAGAUCAUGCCGACUUCUACAGCAUUCGGCAAACGGUGGUCUCGGAUUGCAGUUUUGUAGCAUCGCUAGCGGUGGCCUCUCUCUACGAGAAGCGGUUCAACCGGAGAAUUCUAACAUCGAUCAUCUACCCGAGAAAUAGUCGCGAUGAACCGAUCUACAACUCUAGCGGAAAGUACUCGAUUCGUAUGCACGUUAACGGUAUUCCCAGAAAGGUGGUGAUCGAUGAUUAUUUGCCACUUGGUAGACACCACCAGUUGCUAUGUUCAUAUUCGAGUAAUAAGAACGAAUUUUGGGUAUCGUUGUUGGAAAAGGCGUACAUGAAACUGAUGGGAGGUUACGAUUUUCCCGGUUCCAACAGUAAUAUUGAUUUACACGCGCUGACCGGUUGGAUUCCAGAACGAGUAGCAAUUCGUGCUAAAGAGGCCGAUUUUGAUGCUGACGGCGUUUUCAAUCGGCUCAAAGAAGGCUUGAGUGCUGGGCGGUGUUUGGUGACGGUAGCUACCGGUGAUUUAUCGGAUGCAGAAGCCGAACGAACUGGACUAGUGUCAACGCAUGCGUAUGCCGUCUUGAGUAUGCGCGAGGUAGACGGAGUAAAGCUGCUACAGUUGAAGAAUCCUUGGUCGCAUUUGCGUUGGCGCGGGAACUAUUCGGAACUGGAUGUUACGCAUUGGACACCAGAGCUGCAGCAGCUGUUGGAUUACGAUCCGAAGCUUGCUGCCAACUACGAUAACGGAGUCUUUUGGAUCGAUUAUAAUUCGAUUCUUAACUUUUUCGAUGUGUUCUACCUAAACUGGGAUCCAGCGCUGUUUCAGUUCACUUACUGUAUCCAUCAGUCGUGGUCGGCGGGGGUUGGCCCUAUGAAGGAUGCCUACAAUGUUGGCGAUAAUCCCCAGUUCAGUUUAACCGCACCGGCUGGCAGAGGUUCCGUGUGGAUUUUGCUGACCAGACAUAUAACGACGAUCGAAGAUUUUCGAGAAAAUCGAGAAUAUAUCACUGUACUGGUCUACAAGAACAACGGGAAACGUGUUUACUAUCCAUCGGAUCCACCACCUUACAUCGAUGGCGUUCGAAUCAAUAGCCCGCACUAUCUGUGCAAAAUCCGUUUGGAUCCCAGUUCAGUUCGGCGUUACACACUUGUAAUAUCACAGUACGAAAAGACAGCGACCAUUUAUUACACACUGCGAGCAUACUGUCGGGAUAAGUUUGAACUGAAAAAGAUCGAUAAUCUGUUUUCCACCGUAGAAAAUAUCAACGGCGAAUGGAAAGGUCGCACGGCCGGUGGAUGUCCCAAUCAUCCCCUGACUUACAAAAACAAUCCACUGUACCGGUUGCACGUUGGUCCGAAGGACACCAGCCAGCUGGUGAUGGAGCUGCGUGGCCCGAAAGUCUAUCAGGUCGGUCUGGAGCUUACGGUGGUUUCGCUGGAGAACCCGGAAGUCACGGCACCGUUCAUAUCGCAGACGACCGGCAGCUAUCGGUCCGGUUUCUGUGUGCUAGAUCUGGAAGCCAUUCCGGCGGGAGUGUAUCAGCUGCGUCCGUCCACGUUUUUACCCGAACAGGAGUCACCGUUCUUUCUUAAGUUUAAAUCUACAACGAAUUUGGUCAUCGAAAAGUUAAACUAACCGAUGCGCACACGCCUGCUGGAAGCGGGAGAUUAUUGGUUGAUAAAGUUUCCGGCUAAUCGCUUAGAUGUUAAGUUUUAAUCAAGAAAGUUCACGCUGUUUUGUCUCUUAAGUUAUACAUUCAUAUAUUUAUCCUACAAAUAAAAA